UCUCAUUCCUAUGUUGCACAUGCUAUUCAUAUCAAUCGAACCAUUGUUAACUUAGUGUCUUAUUUGCUUUAUAAUCUAAAGAUCAUCCUUGUACUUGUUAUGUUUACUCAUCUUGACCACCCUCGUACCUGGUUGCGGUGAUUGAGGCAUAAGUUGACGCACACGAUAUCUCGGCCCUUCAGCUCCACAGGACCCUGAAAAUCUUUAACAUCGAUAUUGGAGAAUUUCCCCCCCUCUAAAUUUACUAGAAGAGCACCCCGCGUAUCAUACUGGUAUUAUAUCAUCGACGUAGGCUCCUGUGUAAUGGACCCUCUCGUCGCCUCUGAGCUCGCUGGGAGCGCCGAUGGCAUUCCUUUCCGCGCCAAGGAAAAUCACGUCCAUAGCACUUGGGCGAAGACUUUCCUGUCGCGGCCAGAACUUUACUUUCAGCCGGAGACAUUACCUGAGAUCGAGAAGAUAGUGAGAAUUGCGCACAAAUGUCGUCGUCGUCUCACUACCGCUGGUUGCGGCCAUUCGCCCAGCUCGCUGACCUGCACCUCAUCCUGGCUAGUAAAUCUCGACAAGUAUAAUCGCAUACUGUCGGUAGAUACGGAUACCGGCGUCGUGGUCAUGCAAUCGGGCAUAAGACUAUAUGCGCUUUGCGAGGAGCUUGAGAAGCACGGUCUCGCCAUGCCGAACCUUGGUAGUAUCAACCAGCAGUCCAUUGCCGGCGCUAUUUCCACGGGUACUCACGGUUCGAGCCUUAAGCAUGGUCUGAUGUCCGAGGAUGUCCUAUCUUUGCGCGUAACCGUCGCAGACGGCACCACCAAAUUCUGCUCCUCCGAGGACGAUCCUGAGCUGUUUCGGGCGUCCCUCCUCUCCUUAGGUGCGCUCGGCAUCAUAACUGAGGUUACUUUCCGGGCCGUACCCGAAUUCACCCUACGGUGGAAGCAGGUUAUUGAUGCUGACGUGAAGAUGUUCAAUGCGUGGGAAAGGGAUCUCUGGACACAGACCGAGUUCGUCAGGGUUUGGUGGUACCCGUAUACCCGGCGCGCAGUAGUAUGGACUGCGGAGAAGACGGAUGAGCCGCUGGUGAAUCCCAAAGAAUCGUACUACGACAACACUCUCGGCUAUUACGUCUAUCACAACUUGCUCUAUGCCUCGCAGUUUUUCCCGCGAGUUCUCCCCUGGAUCGAGUGGUUCGUUUUCGGCAUGCAGUACGGGUUCCGAAAUGGUACGACUAGCGGUGCCGUCCAGCCCAGUCGCAAGGCACUGUUGAUGAACUGCUUAUAUUCGCAGUUUGUGAACGAAUGGGCCAUUCCUCUCCACAAGGGCCCCGAGGCUCUCCGACGGUUGAGCAGCUGGCUUAACCAGCUUCCCCCCUCGGAUCCGGACUACGUACCCCACAACAUACCCUUCUCGGCCGAGGGGCUCUACGUGCACGCGCCCGUCGAAGUGCGGGUGUCCAACACGUCGCCUUCUAACCCAAAGUCUUUAAGGCCGAACAGCAGGCCAUAUCUCGACCCGACAGCCGAGGGCAGUCCGACGCUAUAUCUCAACGCUACCCUCUACAGACCAUAUUACAGCGACCCGCCGUGUCGGGCUCGGUACUACGAGGCUUUCGAGUGGCUAAUGCGGGACCUAGGCGGGCGCCCGCACUGGGCCAAGAACUUCGAGACAGACGGCGCGGAGAUCGAAAGCAUGUAUGGCAGCAAUCUACGUCAGUGGCGAAAGGUUCGGGAAAGCGUAGAUCCCGAUGGCCUGUUUGUCGGCGCAUGGCAUCGACGAUUCGUACUCGAGGAUGGACCCCUUCUCCCGCUUGAAGAGGCAGAAAUCAAACGGGAAAAAAGCAGCCGUGCGGGAGGUGUGAUAUUCGAAGGUGUAGUUGGGACCGCCCGGUAGCGACUGAUUUCCGUUUAGGUUAAGCUGAUAUUCAUGUUCUUCGUCGUUUAUGGAUGUAGGUUUGAUGAUCAAUAUUAAUGCAAAUUCCCAGUUUACUUAUGCAACCCUUAACGGCAUUUUGGGCCUAGGACAUAAGUUUGAGAUAAGGCUUUACAUAAAAGGACGGGGUAGUAAAACUAUAUAGACUCUCUUUAUAUCCCCAAUAGAAGGCUACAUAUCGCUUUAGACUGUGAGAUACCGUUACAUGUACCUUCCUAUAUACCUCAUCAUAUGUAUGUAGUAACUAGUGGUUACAAGGAGGAGCGAUACCUACCCGUUACAGAAGCCAAGUUGAAUGUAAAGAAGCUGCGAAUACUACUAUCUAUUUAAG